AUGCAUUCGUGGAGAGACAGCACUCAGAAACAAUACAAAGUGUAUAUCAACAAGUGGCUGCAAUUUUCCAGCGAAAGGAAGAAUGAUCCGUUGCAUCCCACUGUAACAGCUGUACUCUUUUUUCUGCACAGUCUUUUCAAGAGUGGCUUGAGCUAUUCUGCGCUGAAUACAGCUCGGUCUGCAGUCUCUAGCACUGACAUGCGUGAUAGUGAUGCCCCGUCUCAUACACCUGUAGGAAAGCAUUUCCUUGUUUGCCGUUACCUUAAAGGGGUGUUCAACAAGCUGAAGCCUGUGCCGAAGUAUAACAAUAUCUGGUCCGUAUAUACUGUCCUUGAUUACUUGAGUUUAUUUUGGCCUUUACACGAGAUCAAUUUGAAGGAACUCACCCUAAAAUUAGUCAUGUUGAUUGCCUUGACUACGGGGCAGAGA